AAAUGUAGAGACCGGUCCUUUGGAUGGGACCGUAUAAACCGAGAUCUAUGGGAUCAAAGUGUUGCCGACAUGGUCAUCCCACUGAUAUUAACCUAGAAACUUUAUGGGAAGCAAAUUUAGAAAAUCUAUAUAUAAAGACACCCUCUCUGCUUUCAUUUGUGAACGAAUCGGACGAUAUGAUGAAGGACGUCUUUUUAGGAGACGAGAAUAGGUGUUUUAUUUGUCUUGAAAAUUACAAUGAUCAACAAAAUCAACCAAUUAUAAUGCCCUGUGGUCACAUCGUGUGCAACAAGUGCCUCAUUCAGUUAGCAAAGACAUUCCAAUACGAAGAACUAAAAUGUCCACUAGAUAAUAAAAUACAUAAGGUUAAACGAAGCAAGAGAGGAGGACACCAAGACCAAGCCAGUAUCCUUUCUCAAGGAAGUUCAGUGGUACGAGAAGCAAUUCCGGUUGAAGAAGUGGAUAUCCUUUCUCAAAGAAGUUCAGCGGUACGAGAAGCUAUUCUGGUUGAAGAAGUGCCCAAUUUCAUGUCUGUUGGUUCAUCUUCAAGCUUUAACGGAGAAGACGUGCCCCCUUCUAGACAAAACGUGACAGAUGAAAGAAAGAUAUCUGUCACUCAUGUGCCUCAGACUCAGCAUGUGACAGCUGACGUCCACGAUGACAAUGGUUUAUAUGUUAAUUCUAUGAAUCAAUUAUUUCCUAAUAUUCCUUUAUCAACCUCGAGAGUUUUUGGUCGUGAUGCUGCUAAGAAUCAACACAGCAGAAAUAGCUUUUCCAUGUCAGGAAUCCCAAAACAUUCUUCACCCGGAAAUAUUCGUGUAAAUAUAAGCAAUCAGAAUCAUGCAAUUAAUGUUUUAAAUUCCUCUAUGUGUUAUAAUGAUGAUUGGAUACUAGAGCCUAAGCCAGACUAUCCUAGUGAUUCAAGUGAGGAUGAAGAUAUGUCCCAGAGGUGAUAGAGUAGAAUUAACGUUUUUUCUACAUCCUUAAGGACAGAUGAUACAAACAUUUUCUUUCUUUAGAGGAGAUAUAUAUCAUGUCAAAGGGUUAAAAAAGUGGAUAAUUCUUAAAAAUUUUUCUCUUCAGAACU